AUGACGGUUAAAAGUGGUUCGUGUAACAUUUGCAACCGACCUAUUUUUUGUGGUCCUCGCACGCUUUUCAGAAGUUCUUCGAAGGAUGGUCCCUCGCCUUCCAGGUCGGCCCGCGCGACGCAUCGCUCGCGCCCUCUCGAGCGAGUCACCGCGCGCACUACACAGUGCGCGUCCACGUCCCCCUCGUGGUCGGAGACACCGCGCUUAGCGAGGCGAACGACCGCGUUCGCGUCGAGCAAACGAGAGUCGGCGGGCCCUCCGCUUUUCGUCCUCGGCCAUCUUGGGAGGGAGACCAUCAUGGCGAAGUGGGGCGAGGGCGACAGCAGGUGGAUCGUUCAGGAGCGUAACGACGGCGCGAACGUGAACGGAUGGCACUGGCAGGAGAGGAACAUGAUGGGGUGGGGUAAGGACCGGAUGUCGCAGCUCCUCACGGCGAUCACGUUCGAGCUGCCCGGGAGCGAGGGUGCGGCGCGGGUCGUGGAGAUCAGCAAGUUCGAGGGCGACGCGAGCGUCAAUACGCGCAAGGGAAACAAGAAGUUCGCGGUAUUCGACCUCUCCGUCACGUGCAAAUGGGAGGGGGAGUGUGUCGACGCCGAGGGCAAGGAAACCACCGCCAAGGGCGAGAUCAAGCUCACCGAGUUCGCGUCGGAGAACGACGAGGACGAGUACGUCUUCAAAGUGACCUCAUCGGACGGCGACAAAGCCGCAAAGGAGAGGCUGAAGCAGAAGAUCGAAGCGGCGGUCGCGGCGGCGUUCGCUCCGUGCCUCGCAACGUUCGCGAAGGAGCUCGCGGACAUGUGA